AUGUCAAAGGGUGAUAAGGUUGUGGUUUUGGACUUUUGGGCUAGUCCAUUUUGUGCUAGAGUGAAAAUUGCUUUGGAAGAGAAGGGGGUGAGCCAUGUUGACAGUGAAGAGGAUUUGUUUGGGGGAAAGAGCGAGCUUCUCCUGAAGUCAAAUCCCAUUCAUCAAAAAGUUCCUGUGCUUUUGCACAAUGACAAACCUAUUGCUGAGUCUGCUAUCAUUGUUAGCUACAUUGAUGAAGCUUGGCCUUUCAACUCUCUGCUUCCAACUCUCGCUUAUGAUCGUGCCCAAGCCAGAUUCUGGGUUGAUUACAUCGACAAAAAGGUAUUUGAAACCGGGAGGAGCAUCUGGGCAAGCAAUGGAGAAGAGAGAGAAGUGGCCACCAGGGACUUCUUUGAAAUUUUAACGCAUCUUGAGGAAGCUCUGGGGGAGAAGAACUAUUUUGGUGGUGAUGCCUUUGGAUAUCUGGACAUCAUAGCGAUUCCUCAUUCAGCUUGGUUUUUGACCUAUGAGAGGCUCGGGGGAUUCAAAAUUGAAGACCAUUCACCAAAGAUCUCAGCUUGGAUUAAGAGGUGUUUGCAAAGGGAGUCUGUUGCCAAAGUCCUGCCAGACCCAGAGAAGGUCUACCAGUUUGCCCUUCACUUCAGGAAGAUCUCUACUUUUGAUCCAUCUGAACCUUCACCAGGAUCUGAGAAGAUCAAUGGCCGAAAGAUUGAGUUGGAGAUCAUUCCUGAAGUUGAUCUCUACAAGUGUGAACCCUGGGACUUACCAGGGAAAUCAUUGUUACCGGGGAAGGACCUGGAGUGGUAUUUCUUCAGCCCUCGUGAUAGAAAAUACCCGAAUGGAUCAAGAACAAACCGUGCAACAAAAUCUGGGUAUUGGAAGGCGACAGGGAAGGAUAGGAAAGUAAAUUCAAAGGCUCGGGCUGUGGGGAUGAAGAAAACCCUAGUUUACUAUCGAGGAAGAGCACCCCAUGGCUCUCGUACAAAUUGGGUUAUGCAUGAAUACCGUCUUGAUGAGACACAAUGCGAAACUGCUUCCGGCUUGCAGGAUGCAUAUGCUCUUUGCCGUGUGUUGAAGAAGAGUGCAGUGAUUCCCCCAAAAGUUGAGGGGCAGUAUGUUCAUGUUCCCAUUGUCAAUCAGAUUACCAGCGAUCAAUCAUCAAGCAUUGAACUAUACCCUGAAGGAAGGGGUGAAGACUUAGAUAGCUCAAAUUAUCUUACGCCAAUGGAUACUUAUUCACCCCACAACGUGAGAAAUGAAACUUCACUGAUUAUCAAUGGUGGGAUGAAGGAUCAUGAGAAAUGGUCACACUUCUCAUCACAAGACCCAUUAUUCAGUCUUCCCACUUCUUCAUUUCCCCAUUUCGGAGCCAUUCCAUACCCUCCAUCCAAGGUGGAUAUAGCACUAGAGUGUGCAAGAAUGCAGCAUAGGUUUGUUAUGCCCCCUUUGGAGGUGGAGGACUUCCCACAAGUUGGAAUGUCAGAGCUGAAAAUGGCACAAGCCUCUAGUUCCAUGCAAGGAAGCAGAACUGAAACGGAUAUUUUGCAGGAAAUUCUUUCAGUUGCUCAUGCUUCUAAGGAGUUAAUAAAUCAAUCCAGUUACUCACAGGAAUGGGUUGGCAAUGAUUAUUAUGCUCCUCGUGAAGACGAUUUUACCUUCAUGGUCGGCACCAAUUACAACCAUUCAAAUGAAAUGAACUCAGUGAGGUAUGUUGACAAAGCAUGGGAAGACGCAAACACAAGGACAAUAGAGAUCGGAGAUAUGGAUGAAGAAUUUAAGGCAGAGAGGAUGGUAGAGAAUUUAAGGUGGGUUGGAAUGUCAAAAGAAGAUUUAGAAAAGUUUCAGCAGCUAGCUAUGUAUUCCGCUUCAGUCGUUGAUUGUGCCACGGUUGCUUGCUUCUUUGAUGCCCAUGAGAAAAAACCCGAUCCAAGUGAGAAGGCGUAUCCCGACGUACUCUUCAUGUCGUCUAUUGAUCCUGCCCAAUCACCGUCGGUGUAG